UCUAUGAAAUGCAUGACCUCUGAUUGAGUAGGUGUGUAAGACUAGAGACUUAUUGCGGUUGAAAGUGAUGCAGCUGGACUUGUCAAGGUUGAGAGUCAUUGAGUUAGCUUGAGACCAUACAUCUACUUGUGUGAGAUCGUUCUGAAGGAGUACAGCAUCUUCGGCGGUGCAAAUCUUCAUGUAAAGCUUCAAAUCGUCUGCAAAGAGAAGAUGUUUGCAGCGAAGACGAGAUGUGACAUCAUUUAUGUAUAGGUUAAAUAAUGAAGGGCCUAGGUGAGACCCCUGAGGUACACCAGACGUAGCAACAAAUUCUUUUGAGAUGUGUGAUCUGUAUCGCACUUGAAGUAUUCUGUGUUGAAGGUAACUCUCAAGCCAACGGAGAAAGGUUCCUUGAACCCAUAUGCUUCCAGCUUCUUUAUCAGUAUAGUGUGGGACACUCGAUCAAACGCCUUGGUGAAAUCCAGCUCUAUAGUAUCAACUUGUUGCCUGAGCGUUAGUGCGUCAAUUAUGUAAUCCUGAAAUAGGACAAGGUUUGUCACAGGAGAUCUGCCAGAUGUGAAGCCGUGCUGGUGAAUGUUGAGGAGUUAUCCAGGUGCUUCAAGUGACGUAAAGGUAGACAUAACAGGAACUAAUAUCUAUGGAAGGAAUUGUAGGAUCUGGACCAACAUAUUUGAUAGAAAGGACGGUUCACUUAUAGUGCGGUAUAAGUUGUAUGAAACCUGCUAUGAUAUGGAGAUCACUGUCAAGUACAAGGGGCGUAAUGUGGAUGCAUCACCAUACAAAAUAAACGGUACCAUUCAGGCUGAAGAUUGCAACUGUCCAAUUCCUUUAGAAGAUUGGCUUCAUAACAACAAUUGUCCUUCUAGCCACUCACAAAUCAUGUCGGACCUGGAACCCUUUCCUACUGUAAAUUUCUCCACCUUUCACAGCCAUGUUGUCAAGAAAGUAGACAAGUCAGGGAGCAUGAGUGUCUGCAACUAUGCCAUCCUAAAUAACAAGAUAUACCGCAGAUGCUAUGGGCAACAUGUUGGGUUCAAGACAUUUGUAGAUGCUAUCUUGACGUCCCUGGCUCGCAAGAUAGAACUGCCUAACAUGGAGAUGUUUGUGAACUUGGGUGACUGGCCUCUCGUGUCUAAACAUGCUAAGGAUCUCUUCCCCCUCUUCUCCUGGUGUGGAUCUACCAGCUCCCUGGACAUUGUGAUGCCAACAUAUGACAUAACUGAGUCUUCCCUGGAGGCAAUGGGCAGAGUAAGUUUGGACAUGUUGUCAGUUCAGGGAAAUAUUGACAUUCCUUGGGAGAAGAAAGAACCAAAAGCGUUUUGGCGUGGCAGAGACUCCAGUCCCGAAAGACUUAAACUGAUUGAGAUAGCCCGGAGUCAUCCAGAUCUCUUCAAUUGUUCUAUGACCAACUUCUUUUUCUAUCGAGACCAAGAACAUAUUUAUGGGCCAAAAGAAAAACAUAUAUCUUUCUUUAAGUUCUUUGAUUACAAGUAUCAAUUAUGUUUAGACGGCACUGUGGCCGCGUAUCGACUGCCCUACCUGCUGGCCGGGGACGGCCUGGUACUCAAGCAGGACUCAGAGUACUAUGAGCACUUCUACGGAUCACUGAUACCGUGGCAGCACUAUGUCCCGGUAAAGCGGGACUUGUCAGAUCUGGUGGAGCGAGUCAGAUGGGCACGUAACCAUGACCAGCAGGCCCGAGAUAUCGUCUCUGCUGCUCAACAGCUUGCCCGGAGCAGUCUCUUACCACAAGACAUCUUCUGCUACCACACUGUCCUUUUCAAGGAAUGGAGCAAAAGACUGGUUGAAGAGCCGCAAUUGAGGAGAGGAAUGGAGGAAGUACCUCAGAUCAAAAGUGAACACUGCAAGUGUUCUGGCAGGUCAGACCUGAAUGCUGAAGCUCAUGAUGAACUCUAAAUGUGUAUGACAGGACAUUCAUAAAGCGGUCACAGAAAAGCUUCUCCAAUUAAAACAAGCUAAUACCAAUUUAGUACUGCUGUUGUAGAAGACUAGGUGACGGCAUUUCUUAAUAGUAUUCCAAAAAAUAAUCAAGAAUAAACAUACUAAAACUGAAAAUACCAAUAACUGUUGUAAUUUGUGAGCCUGAUAAGAAGAAUAAGCUAUCUAAUAAGUCUAUUCCACAGCUUCAAGUUACUAUGUGGAGCAAACAACAUGUUUUCUAAACUUUGUGUAUCUUCUUGAAGUAAAGCAUGAUAAAAAUGAAUAGGAUAAUUAAAUUAAGUGUGACGGAAGUUUGUAACCCUCCAGUAAUAAAAAAAGGGAUGGUGAACUCAGAGUUAUGCCAAAUUCCGUUCAAAUAUGCAGUGAAAUCAUAAAUCAAUAUCAUAGUUUUAACAAACUGGAUUUAAAUAUCAGUGUAAAUUCACAAUGUGUACUAUCUCCUAUCAAUACCUGUUAUGAAUAACAGAAAUGGGUUAGUGUAUUAAAUAGUGAUCAACUGCCAAUGAAGAGAUAAGAAGCCUGAUUUUAUGUAUUCUCAUACUAUAUAAAUGUACAAUCCAUUGGUCCAAAGAAUUGAACCUGUUCGUUUGA